GUCUCUGUUGUCAUGAGCUGUGUUCUUUUGUUCUCUCUGUCAGUAAACCUACACCAACGUCAAAAACUACACUUCCCUUGAUGCUUUGCGGUACUGCAGUGUUCCGGUUUCUACACGUUGUUUAAGAUGUUGAUGGCGGCGAUGAGGAAGCACUAGUACACCGGGCAGACUAAGAUGUCUUUAUUAAGGCUGGGUGUCGUGACCCGGCUAUUUCGAGAGCCAAAAGCUUUAGGACCCAGGCUGUGUAUGCGAUGUAGGUGGGGCUCUUGUCGUGGGUGCCUUUUAAGAAAUGUGUACAGAUGGUCAUCGUCUUCCAUACCGAAGAAUAAGGCCAAUGCCAUUGAAAAUUGCAAGUUGGAACUUUUGGAUGUCCUAGAGAACAGGGUACAGCAGCUGCAGGCUGUUGAGACCAUCUCUGUGAUACAAGAUAUUAGAACAAAGUCUCCACAACAAGACAUGGAAACAUUGGUAGAGAAGAAACCUGUACAUACGCCAAAGCGCUGGAUGGAAAAGUUGGAAAAUGAGCAGAUAAUUAAACACAAAAGACGCGUAAGCCUAGACUGUGAGAAGUUGGAAAGAUUUCAGAAAUCCAAACCAUCAUCUAAUCAAACUACAAAGGCAGAGGUGCCAAAGAAACCAAGAAAAAACUCAAAGAAGACUUCGAAACAGAUUGAAGAUGAUAUUCAAUUGUCCAGAUCCAUGGAAGUCUUGGAAGAAUGUGAGGAAUCAGAGAUAUCUAAGCUAUCAUUGGAGGAUAAAGAUGGAAAUAGAUAUGGAGGAGUCCAGCUGAGCAUCCUCUGCUACAUUGAGACCUGUCUCUUCCUGGGGGACCUAGACAGAGCACAGCAAUGCCUGAAUUAUUACCACCAGAACCCAUCCAGAAGAAGCAUAUUAAGCACUGCUAUAUACAACCUGGUAAUGAGCGGUUGGGCCAAGAAGUGUUCAAUGCUUCAUAUUAGGAAAAUAUUUGUAAUGUUGGGAGAGGCCAACCUGAAACCAAAUGUUGGGUCGUACGUUGCAGUGCUAGAAUGUAUGGAACGCAGUGAAUCUACCAGCACCACAAUCCAAAGGUGCUUGCAGCAGAUGGAGACUACAGGUAUUUCAAAGGAUCAGCUAUUCCAAAACUAUGUCUAUCAGUUAGAUGAGAGAGAUAUUGUGCUAAAAGCCAUCCGCAAGGUCCAUCGAAACUACCAGCCUCCCGUUAACUGCAAUAUUAUUUGUCCUCUCCCACUCGUCAAAGACUUCUACCGCAAGGAUCCCCAGCCUUUGUAUCCCAAGCUGAACCUGACCGUUUCUGAUCUGCAGAACCGUUUUGAAGAGCAGCUGGAAAAUGAGAGCAAGGUUUUUGUGACCAUAGAUUCUGUAGAGGCCAGCCAGCAUGUGACAGAAAGCAAGAGCAGAGCAAGAGUUCAACUGGAUUCUCUCCGUGCCCAAUGGGGAAAAAGUUUGCUCCAAGCUUUGCAAGAUUCAAAGAAACACCUGGAGAGAAUCAGCAGAAAGAUGCGCAAAAUGAAUCUCUACCCUUACUUAUGUCUGCUUGAGGAUGAGCAGUACGUGCAAAUUAUGAUAGAGUCUCUGACCAAAAUAGCUCCCACAGGGGAAUCAUUCCUGUUCAUGUCUCAAGAACUUGGGAGUAAACUUUACAACAGAUACUCAAUUCACAGAAAAAUACUCUCCCAGCAUGUGGAAAGGAUGAGGGAAUUAUACCAAGAGUACACCCAGCUUCUGGCUAAGGAUGGGCAGGUUUCGGGUUCUCUUCCUCGGGAAAUGUGGGAAAAACUAGAGCUGGAGAAAUUUGGGAGCCCGCACAUGCUAAAUGUGGACACCCCUUGGCCAAAAUACUUGCUGGUACAAGUGGGCACGUUUUUGGUGGAUUUGAUGGUGCAUGAGAUAAAGUUGCAGAGCAAUCUGCUCAGCCCACGGAGUGAAUCUAAACUGAUCCCUGUACUAUACCACAUGUACUCUUUCCGCAGCACUCGUCAGAUUGGGCUCAUUAAACCUCAUCCAAUAUUCAGUCAAAUAGUGUCAGAUGCUGGUGAAACACACCUUACCUUUGAAUCCUUCAUUAUACCCAUGCAGUGCCCACCUGUACCAUGGACAUCACCCAGUUUUGGAGCUUACCUUUUGAGCCCUGCCAAACUCAUGAGGAGCAUGGAAGGGGCAGUACAACACCAACUGCUGCUGGAUAAGAGCCCACCAGGGCAACUCUACCCUGUACUGGACUCCUUAAACCAGCUUGGCAUUUGUGCUUGGCGGAUUAACAAGCCAGUGCUGGAUAUUGUUGUCUCCAUCUUUAAUGGUAAAGGUAGUGAGAAAUUGGAUAUUCCCCCACCAUUAUCUGAAGCACCUCAAGUUCCAGUGCAAAACUCUCUGAAUAGUAACUCAUGGGACAAAAUGGCGUAUCAGAGAGAGAUUGCAAAUUGUCGUAAGAAGACCUCAGAGAUGUACAGUCUCAGAAUGGAUUCACUCUACAAACUUUCCAUUGCUAACCACCUUAGAGAUAAGAUCUUUUGGUUUCCUCAUAAUAUGGACUUCAGAGGGCGCACGUACCCCUGCCCUCCGUAUUUCAACCAUUUGGGUGGUGACGUGAUGCGGGCAUUGCUGCUGUUUGCUGAGGGCAGGGCGCUUGGCUCAAAAGGCUUAGACUGGCUGAAAAUUCAUCUCAUUAACCUUACUGGCCUAAAAAAGAAAAGCUCGAUACAGGAGAGGAAGGAAUAUGCAGACAGUAUCAUGGAAGACAUACUUGACUCUGCUGAUAGACCACUCACUGGCAAAAAAUGGUGGAUGGAAGCAGAUGAACCUUGGCAGGCCCUUGCUUGUUGCAUGGAGAUUGCAAACGCAUCCCGUUCUCUCAACCCUACUAAAUACAUUUCAUGCUUUCCUGUGCACCAGGAUGGAUCGUGUAAUGGUCUGCAGCAUUAUGCUGCUCUUGGUCGUGAUGAGAUAGGGGCUAAAUCGGUAAAUCUUAUGCCCUGUGACACACCACAAGAUGUGUAUAGUGGAGUUGCUCAACAGGUAGAAGAGUUUCGGAAAAGAGAUGCCAGUAGAGGAGUGAAAGUCGCUCAAGUUCUGGAGGGUUUUAUUGGGAGGAAGGUGGUGAAACAGACCGUUAUGACGGUUGUGUAUGGAGUAACUCGAUAUGGAGGCCGACUUCAGAUUGAGAAGAGGCUAAAAGAGUUGGAGUCCUUUCCACAGGACUGGGUAUGGGAGGCUUCGCAUUACUUAGUCAAGCAGGUGUUUAAUAGCCUGAAGGAGAUGUUCUCUGGUACUAGAGAGAUUCAGCUCUGGUUAACUGAAAGUGCACGCAUGAUCUCAAGGUCUGGGAACACAGUGGAGUGGCUAACACCUUUAGGAUUACCCAUUAUACAGCCAUACCAUCGCAGCAAAUACAAACUACUUUCUGGCAACUUGCAGAUAGUCAACGUGCAGAACAGUCACGACGCCAAUGAACAACCCGAUACUUUGAAGCAAAAAAAUGCUUUCCCUCCAAACUUCAUUCACUCACUGGACUCCACUCACAUGAUGCUCACUGCCUUGAACUGUUACAAACAUGGUCUUACUUUUGUGUCUGUUCAUGACUGCUUCUGGACUCAUGCAGAUACUGUGGACAUCAUGAACAAGGUUUGUCGGGAGCAGUUUGUGGCUUUGCACAGUCAGCCAAUUUUGCACAAUCUGUCGAAAUUCUUACAACAGAAAUAUUGCCAAAACUUGGAUGCUAACCCUGUCAGGUCUACAAACAUACUAAAAAUGCUACUUCAUUUCAGCCAAGUUCCAGAGACUGGAAACUUUGACUUGGAACAAGUGAAAGAUUCCAUCUAUUUCUUCAGCUAAACACAAACCACUACUGACGAGAUGUUUCUUUGGUGGACUGUUCAUAUCACAUGCCCAAUGAUGAAGUGUGAGAGGAUAAAGCAUCUACUACUGUAUAGUUGGAGUGAUGUGAGUUGCAGCAUCCUGGACAAGAAGUAAAUGUUUGUCUAUCCUUCCUGUGGAAGUUUGCUCUGUGUCUCUGACUCAGCUGCCUGUUAUGACAGGAACCACUUCUACUUGUUUAGAGGGAAAGAAGGCAAGCUGUAAAUAAAACAUGUUUUAGCUAGACUG